AGCUUAGCUUACACGAGACUAGCAACGAUGAUUGUGAGAGCCAUAGAUAUUGUAUGCACCUAUGAGAGAAAAAACACUUCAGAAUUACAGAACCGGAACUCCGUCGGAGCAAGAUUGAAUUUGGCUACUUGCGCGUCACACAUACGACCCUCUGAUGUCGGGCGAAAAACAGGAUUCGGCCAAUCUCCUGAGGGAAAAUAACCAGGAAAUAGAGAACAAGGGC